ACUUUGUCUUCCUUCUGCUUUCGGUGGGUCUCAGCUCGCCAUCACAGGCAGAGGCCGUAGCUGAAGUUUGAGGUCCGCAUCUGAAAACAGACCAGUCCGUAUUGCGAUAUCUGCAGAUCAUUUUGGUAUCCAGAUCUGGCUACAGCUUCUCGUUUGCUUGCGGUUGUUUGACAUCCAGUGUUCUCGGCGAUCGUUUACUUAAACCAGGCGACUUCCAUCCCAUCCAGUGCAAAUUUUCCCCAGACGGCUUCCUUCUAUCCCCGUUUUCUCAUAAUUUUUGAGUCAUCUACGAAACCGUGCUGUCAGAAUGUUUGUGAAACCUACAAAGAAAGCGCUCCUGGCGCUGUCUCUGUUGGCCGCUAGUGCACAAGCUGCACGAGUUCGCCUGGCAAACCGUGCACCCUCCUUCGACUAUAAGAACGAGAUAGUUCGCGGUGUCAACCUGGGUGGCUGGCUUGUGACCGAGCCCUGGAUUACACCUUCGAUUUAUGACAAUGCAGGGGGCGGUGUUGUGGACGAGUGGACGCUGACUCAAACACUGGGCAAAGAUGAAGCCAAGUCCCGGUUGUCUUCUCACUGGAGCUCGUUCAUCUCACAAAGUGACUUCGAUCGCAUAGCUCAGGCAGGUUUGAAUCAUGUCCGGAUUCCCAUUGGAUAUUGGGCUGCUGCUCCCAUUGAGGGCGAGCCGUACGUCGACGGUCAGCUGGAGUAUCUCGACAAGGCGAUCACCUGGGCUCGGGGCGCUAACCUCAAGGUUAUCAUUGAUCUCCAUGGUGCACCUGGCUCCCAGAAUGGGUUUGACAACAGUGGGCACCGCGGCCCCAUUCAGUGGCAACAAGGGAGCACGGUCAAUCAGACCAUAACUGCAUUUGACGCCCUUGCUCGGCGGUACAUCCAGUCUGAUGUCGUGGCGGCGAUUGAGGCUCUCAACGAGCCCAGUGUCCCUGGUGGAGUCAACGAGGGUGGCCUGAAGGAUUACUAUUACAGUGUCUUGGCCGAUGUCCAGCGCAUCAACCCAUCCACUUACCUUUUCUUGUCGGACGGCUUUGAGCCUGUGGAGUCCUGGAACGGUUUCAUGCUAGGCAGCAAUGUUGUCAUGGACACUCACCACUAUCAAGUUUUUGAUAACGGCUUGCUUGCUAUGGGUAUUGAUGAUCAUGUCAAGACCGCAUGCUCUCUCGCCACGCAGCAUCUGAUCCCAUCAGACAAGCCCGUUGUCGUGGGCGAAUGGACCGGUGCUUUGACUGACUGUGCUAAAUAUCUCAACGGAGUUGGGAAUGCGGCUCGCUACGAUGGCACUUACCAAUCCACCACCAAGCUUGGGGAUUGUACAGGCAAAGCUACCGGUUCUGCCGCCGAUCUAACGGCAGCUGAGAAGGCGAAUACUCGUCGCUUCAUUGAAGCUCAGUUGGAGGCAUACGAGAUGAAGAGUGGUUGGGUUUUCUGGACCUGGAAGACCGAAGGAGCCCCUGGAUGGGACUUGCAGGAUCUUCUUGCCCAGCAGCUCUUCCCUACCUCGCCCACGGAUAGACAAUACCCUCAUCAGUGUUCUUGAUUGGUCGAUUUAGCGAUUGGAUGUCUGGACUUCUUCUUGGAUGACGUCUUUAAUGCUUUACAUUCCUUCGUUGUUGCUGUGAUUUCCAGCCGGGGCUUAUCCCCUCUUAUCUGCUGUUUUCGGGCCUUAAGGUCCUUACUUCCUAUUAUCCUUUAUUGGGCGGUACUUAGAACAUGUCGCUUCAAUUGAUCGAGUUAUAUUUUCAUUG